AUGGCAUUCGGAAAGUUGUUCGCCGACACAUCGUUCGCAAAGCAUGCGGCGGCUGUCAAAGCUGCUCCCCGCGAGGUGAUCUUGAGCCCUACUUUGCUGGUGUCCUCGGCACUGUAUGCUACCUGUUCUAUACCACUUGCAUGGGACCAAGGGUCAUCCGGCUCCAUCCCUUCACUGUCUGGCUUCCAGAACAAUUUCCAAUUCCACUCCGGCAACAGCGCCGUCGAAAUCAGGAACUACGUCUCCAUCGUUUACGUCGGCGCCGGCGUUGGUGCCGGGCUGUCCUUCUUCCUCAAUGAUAUCCUCGGCCGUCGCUGGAGCUAUCGUCUCUAUGCUGCUCUAUGGAUCCUAGGCCAAUUUGUCGCCACUGCAUCGCCGACACUGGCCGGACUCUACGCUUCCCGCAUCAUCUCCGGACUGGGCAUGGGCGCCCUGACCGUGAUCGGGCCCAUGUCAAUCGUCGAGAUCGCCCCCGCCGAGAUACGCGGGAUGCUCACGGCAUGGUUCAACGUCGCCAUGAACAUGGCCGGCACGACUGGCGCUUUCUGCGUGCUGGGUGUGUACCAGAAUAUGGCCGGGACAAGUCUCCAGUACCAGGUCUUGUGGUUCGCGCCUGCCAUUUUCAUGUCCCUCUGCUUCAUUGCCAGCUUUUUCGUUACCGAGUCGCCGCGGUGGCUGCUUCUGGUCGAUCGGCAUGAGGAGGCUGUUGAUGUUCUUGUCAAGCUGCGCGGUCUUCCUGUCGACAAUCCUCGUGUACACCAGGAGCUGCAAGAAAUGAGGAGCGCGAUCCAGGAGGAAAAGGCCAUGUACAAGCAGGGCAUCUCGGGUCUAUUUCGGGAGGCAUUUACUGUUCGCUCCAACCUCCGACGUGUCCAGCAAAGUCUGGUCUCCUUUGGGCUGGCUCAGCUCUCCGGCGCCAACUCGGUUACGUCCUACUUUGUGCCAAUCCUGACCCUGAUCGGUGUCGGCGGUGGAACGGGAAGAAACCUGUUCUUGAGCGGCAUGUACAGCCUGGCCAAGAUGUGCUUCGCCAUCAUCGCCUCCUUCUUUCUCGUCGAUGCCCUCGGUCGCCGCAAGUGUUUGUUCGUAGGAGCAACCCUUCAGAUGAUCUCCGACCUGUAUAUCGGCAUCUACAUCAAGUACAAUCAACAGGGCGACGUUCCUCAUUCCGCUUCCACGGGCGCUAUUGCGUUCAUCUUCAUCCAUGGACUUGGAUACGUGGUCGGGCUCUAUAUCCUCCCGUACGUGUUCGGCGGCGAGCUGUGGCCCAACCGCAUUCGAUCCUUCGGCUCUGCAAUCGCCCAAUGCUUCCACUGGCUGUUCAUGUUCGCCAUGUCUUACGGAACACCAUCCCUCCUGGCCCGGACGAACAACUGGGGCGCUUUUAUCUUCUUCGGUGCCUGGUGCUUCAUCGCGCUGGUCUUUGUGUACCUCAUGGUCCCCGAGACGUCAGGUCUGACCGUUGAAGAGCUGGACGAUGUCUUUAAAGGGUCUUGGUUCAACGCUGCUCGGCGCCAGGAUAAGAGGCCUGUUACGCAUGAAGGGAUCGCUGUUGAGGUAAAGGGUGGUGAGGAUUGGAAUGGCCAGCAUGAUACUUCGAGUUAG